GCUGCUGUUGUUCCUCAGCCGGCCUCCCGAGCGCCAAUUUGUUGCUGCGCCAUAGAAAUCCAGCGCCGCUGCCGUCGCCGCGAUGGCUCAGCUGACGAUCAAGGCCUACCUGCUGGGCAAAGAGGAGACCACCCGCGAGAUCCGGCGCUUCGCCGUCGACCUGCCCGCCCGCUACCAGCCGAUACGGGAGAAGGUGGCCGAGCUUUUCCAGGGGCUGCUCCGCAAUUCUGCCGCCGCCACGGGAGCCUUUCAGAUGUACUAUAAGGAUGAAGAUGGUGAUAUGAUCGCUUUUUCCAGUGAUGAGGAAUUGAAGUUGGUUCCACCUGCUGUGAAAGCUGGAGUUUUCCGGAUUUUUGUUAAAGAAAAAAAGGAGCUUAAGCAUAUGAACCGCCAUUCCUGCAACAAGGAGGAUUCUCCAAACCUCGUGCAUCCUAAUGUGGUCUGUGAUGGUUGUGAGGGCCCAGUUGUGGGUUCCAGAUUCAAAUGUGCAGUUUGUCCAGACUAUGACCUGUGCAGCACUUGUGAGGGAAAAGGUAUCCAUAAAGAGCAUAACAUGAUCAUGUUUCCAAGUCCAUUCGAUCAGCUUGAGUGGCUUCUCCAGGGUCGCUGGCUUCGUAAAAUGAGACACGACCCUUGCUCCUUUCGCUGGAUGCACGGUAGGGGACACCGGCGUUUUGGCCAUCAUCACCAGAAUCACAGCCAGGCACAAGCUAGUACUUCUUCUCAAAGUGAUGCUCCAGCGCGCGAAGAAACCACUAGCAGUGAAGCUCAAGAUCACAACGUCAGUUUCCUGAAGAAUGUUGGAGAAAGUGUUGCUGCGUUCCUGAGUCCACUUGGCAUUGAAGUGGAUAUUGAUGUAGAACAUGAGGGUCAAAGAAGCAAAGUAUCAUCACCUGCGCAACCUAGUUCGGAGAAGAGCUGCCCCAAGCCUAGCAGUCCGACUGAGCAGACCAAACCAGAAGCAGAUUCUGAAAAUAAUCUAGACAUAAGUGAUGCUCUUUCAAACCAAAUGCAGGAGAUGAUAGUCUAUUCUCCUCCUGCACAGAUGGAAGAAGAGACUACUUUGUCACAGGAACGAAGCGAAUCCAGUGGUAGUUUAGCAGCAGAUGAGGACUGGACCCAUUUAUCUUCAAAGGAAGUAGAUCCUUCAACUGGUGAAUUGCAGUCCUUACAAAUGGUAGAGGAAGACAGUCCAAAAUCUCUAAAUCCAGUAGAAGCUCCCACUAAUGCUGGACCAACAGGCUUGCGAGAAGCCGCAAUGUACCCUCAUCUUCCACCUGAAGCAGACCCUCGUCUGAUUGAAUCCUUGUCCCAGAUGCUCUCGAUGGGAUUCUCUGAUACAGGAGGCUGGUUAACUCACCUGCUGCAUUCCAAGAGCUACGACAUUGGGGCAGCCCUGGACGCUAUCCAGUAUGCCAAGCAACCGUCCAGUUCCGAAUAGCUCUUGUAUAACUCAUAGUUCCUAAAACAUUGUUAAAGCCUCUUUUUAUAUCUUUCUCCUUUCUGUAAUGAUCUGAUUGUAAUUCCAUAUUCACAGAUAACAUAAUCAUACUAACUUUCAAAAUUUAGUUUCUUUACCUCAUGCGCUGGGUAAGGGUUAAUAAUUACAUAAGGAAGAGAACUAGUUUAAAGUUAUCACAGGUGAUCUUUUACCUUCAAGUUGUGGCAAUGGCACGGUCAGGACAAGGAUAUUUUGCUUUCACAUUGGUGAAUCUUCCAUCUUUAGUCACCAUCAUGCAGCCAUGUGAUUAUUAGACACUUUUAUUUUAGUGCUUUAGUUAUAACAAAUUUGUUUAAUUACAGGUAUAUCAAUUUAUUAAAGAAAAUAGAUACCAAUAAUAGUGUUAGCUUUUUUAAGCUAUCACCUGUCCCAAAAUUUGAUUUUUGUAGAAAGCCUUUGAAAUGUUUUCCAUGCCUCUUGUAUCAAUAAUAGCAGUCCCAUUAACAAUACAGUACUUUUGAUAAUUUUGGCAUACAGCAUAGUUCCACAAAUCAUUAAAGCCAUACCUAAAAUAAUAUGACCAGAAUAUAACCCACUUCAUUAUUCAACACUGAGUAAUUUUAAAUGCAGGCCAUAUUGCUAUUAUUUUAAACCAUCUCACUGGAAAAUCAGCAAAUCUCACUGUAGGGCCUUAAAUAUCAUCAUCAAAAUCCUCUUCUGUGGAAAAAAGACUUCCAUAAAGGCUGUUUGAUUUAACAGGAGCAGAGGACCCUGAAGAAGUAAAUUCUGCAGGUUGUGCCUUAUCUUGACAAGUAGCCAAACCUGCAGAGUAUUUGCUGAUUUUCCCAGGGUGAUCAGAGAUGGAAACCUCUUUUGCUCUGUCAAAGCAGGUUAAUACAUUCUGUUGUGGUUUGAGAUGCCAGCUACCACACCCACCACCAGAAGUGGUGGCUCUUUCAUCACUUGUGCCUGCAGCAGGUGUUUUGUCUGAUGUCCUUUGCCUUCCACCUGUUGUGUCAAUAUUAUAACUCUUGUCAGAUAAAAG